AUGAACUACAACCACCAGGAAACAUUCACUCGUUGUGACCAAUACCUCAUUCUCAGAUUACCGAUCGUCCUGGACCCCCUGGUAGACCUUGGUGCCGACCAAAACUGGACUCAGUGCGGUUUGCUUUGUGGUCGCUCCUACACAAAUGGCGGCCUCACCUGUCCGUUCGCUUAUACGGGGAGAAAGUGUAGGGGUACGGUGUCUGAAAAUGUGUGGACGAAGGCCGAAACGACGAAGCAGCCGUUCGUCACCCUGUUUAACCUGAGCAGUGAUGAGACCUAUCUAUUUCGUGUUAGAGCUGACAACGUUUUGGGACAAUCAGAGCCAUCAGAAGAAUCGGACAUCGUCUAUGUGAAGGAUGUCUCUCGAGCUGUGGAAGCGCCAAAGAAGAGAUCUGAUGAACAGGAGGAGAGUGAGGCAGUCAAUUAUGACCGGCUCGAUGCAAAAGUGGACUUAACGAAGCACAGGGCAAUCAAUAUUAAUCGACUACCCAAACGAUCUCCAGGCAAA